UAUUAAUUUCACGAAACAAUAAUUAUGGAUCUGAUAUGGCAGCUAUUCAGGCCUUGUCGGCGGUGUUCGGAGAAGCGAUUCAAAUUCACUUUGUUUUUUUCACCUUACAAGCUACAUGCCGAAAAAUUCAUGCUCUUGGUGCAGUCAUUGUCAAGGAAAUACAGAACUCAGCCUCUCAUUGCGGGAUGAUGGAGACACUGGCGCUUGUAUCUCGCCCUUGGGCAGCUCAAGAAAAAAGCCCCAGAUCUGCUAGAAUUGUGAAAUUGUCACUAGGCUAAGAUGCAAGGCGGCCGCGGAUAAACAAACAGUGGGAAUCAAGGAACUCCAAAUAUUAUCACCUCCUUGGCUAUUCUGUCUUUUAAACGUCACAAACAUGGCGGUCGAUAAGCUGAAAAGGCUUGUGUUUUUCUUCCUCCUCCCCGUGCUGCUCUACUACUCGAUGAUAAUGUUCUCUUUUGACACAAAAAGAAGCAGUUUUUCCCCAUCAUGGGAGCGUGCGGAAGGCAGUCACUUUUCAGUUGAUUCCAGUCAGAGGUCAAAGCCAUCAAUGGAGGCCGAACAGAUGCGUCAACAGGUGGUAAGAGACGUGCGUUACACUUGGCAGUUCUUGAAAUUCCACCUGAGAAAUCUUAGCUCGAACACCAAGCCUAGCACCAUUCUUUAAGAACCGGAACAUUACUUUAGAGUGACCUCCCACGACCUCACGCGCCUUGGCGAGGUCGACGGGUUACAGGAGUGGCGAGAGGAAGAGGCAGCCGCCCUCAGCGCCCUCGUGCAACAUCGGCUGCACGUCCUGCAGAAUCCUCGCGACUGCGCCUCCGCCAAGAAGAUCUACUGUGACUUUAGAGCGUCCGGCCGAGGUAUGGGGAGCCAUCUGCACCACCUGAGCUACUGCUUCCUGGCAUCGUAUGGCACUCAGCGAACCUUGAUUCUGAACACGAAGGGUUACAAUGGCAACCCCGAAGGACUGGAAACAUUCUUUCUUCCUCUCAGCGAGACCUGCACGAGUUACAGCAAGUCUCAGAUGGUUCCUUGGCCAGGAAAGGAAGAUUCGCUUGUUGUAUAUUUCCCGGAUUGGGAUAGACCGAACCCAAGGCCGAAAUAUUUUCCAAAAUCAAUCCCGAAGGACAUUUCCGAGCGUCUGAUGCGUCUCCACGGGGAUCCUUUUGCCUGGUGGAUAGGCCAGUUCUUCAAGUAUGCCCUGAGGAGGAACAAAGAUUUCCAGAAUUACACUGACAACCUAGCGCGAGAAAUGGGUUACGAGUCACCUGUUGUAGGCUUGCAGAUUCGGCGGUCAGACAAAUUGCAGAGAGAGGCAAUUUACAUUGACCUCAGUGUGUACAUGGAAGAAGUGGAUGGAUUCUACAAAGAGCUGGAAUUGCGUCAGACCGUUGCUCAACGAAGGAUUUUCUUGGCCACUGACGAUCCAGAAGUAAUUCCAGAAAUAAAGAAAAAGUACCCCGAGUACAAGCUCCUGUACAACCCGGGCAGCGUAGACUCGACGCGCAAAAGCCAGCGGAAAAAGGGGCCGAGUGUACAGUACUUUCUCGCUGAUGUUUACUUCCUGGCGCGAUCCGACUACCUUGUCUGCGGGAUGACCUCCAAUAUCUGUAGGCUGAGUUACGAGUUAAUGCAGACCCUCCAUGCAGACGCGUCGGCCCGCGUCUCGUCGGUCGACAGAGAUUACUACUUCCACUUCGAGGUCGGAAAUGUCGUCAAGGCUCGCUUUCCUCAUAAGCCCAGAAGGACCGGAGAACUAGAAAUGCAGGAAGGAGAUGUGGUGGACCGAAAGGACGUGCUUUCUCGUUUCUCCAAACAUCCCAGCAAAAACAAUGGUUUUCAGUGGGGCACGAACACGCGUACCAAAAAAUCAGGUUAUUAUCCUGUUUACAAGACCGUCGAAAUUUUGGAAAAAGCAAAUGUCCAGUCCUUUGAACGCAUUGACAGGAGUAAAACCGAAUAAUUGUUACUAUCUUAUGAAGGGUUAAAAGUUAAAAUCAAAUGUGCUAGGUUAGAGAAUUGUUCGUGAUUAUGUUCACAAUAUUAUAGAUAUUAGAGAUCGUAAGAGCCAUAUCUAUACCAUCAAAAACAGAAUCAAGGUAAUUGCUUAGAGAGUUGUCUGAACAACACUCUCCUAUCGAGUCUAUUGAACGGCACAUUCGUGGCUAGCUAUUCCAAACUACAAGGUAGCGAAGUUAAUUAAGAUAUUGGAAAUGUUUGUAAACUUUGUAUUUAUUUGUCUAUUUCAGUUGAAUUUUUGAUAGUUAUGUUUUUUGUUUGGUAAUAUUGAUUUUUGUGUGAAAUCUGCUUGUCUACUUGAAUAUUGUUGUUGAAUAUUAUCGUUAUUGCGUAGAAGCAAAAAGGCAAUAGCACAUCACUAAGAAAAAAUGAAGAUACAAUAUCGCGAUCAAAGUUUGUAAGGCUGGUUAUUCAGAAUGAUUUUAUUCUUGCUAUUGUUUAAUCUUACUCCUACUGGAUAUACCCUAAAUCUAACAGUGUUUUAGGUAUCUUUUACAGUUCUGAAAUAAAGUGAAAAUAAAUUUGUAAAUAUCA